CGGAUGUCGCCCGCCAUGUUCCGACGCACUCCUCUUCGACGUCUGCCGCUCCGGCCAGGCCGUAAUGUGCGUCGCCAUCGACUGGGAUCCCACCGCACUCCACCUGCGCUACCAGUGUUCACGAGAGAAAGUCUGGCGCGAGCAUGAAUCCGUCUCGACCUGCCGCAAAUUACACACCGAACCAAUCGAUCUGGAUCAUUGCCUCAAAGCAUUCACAUCCGAGGAACGCCUGGAAGCUAAAUACCACUGCAGUAAUUGUAAAGACAAGCUACCAGCAACCAAAAAGCUGCAGAUAUGGCGUCUGCCACCCAUACUCAUAGUCCAUCUCAAACGAUUUGAUUAUGUGAAUAACAAAUGGGUGAAAACUCAAAAAGUCGUCAAUUUCCCAUUCGGGAGUUUCGAUCCAACUGGGUAUCUUGCGUCUGUUCCACAAGAGACAAUUCUACGCCAUAAGCAGUUAUUGCUGGAUAAACGGAAAGAAGCUUCGAUUGUCGAGGAGGAUGAAGUGAUUGCCGAGGGGAAUUUGGUGGAUAUUGAUGGAGAGGCGAAAACACUCGGUGAGAGUAUAAAAACACAGAUUGUCAAAGACAAAACUGGUGGUGGUGAAAAAGAAAAGACGAUGUUAACCAAACGCCGCCAGCGACUGGAAUCAACCAGUUUAAUUAAAACACCAAUCAUCGAUAAAGAUCUACAGGAUUUCCACAAACAUAAACUUCAAGAUGGCGCGGAUCCCUUCGAUCUGAAUUAUCAACUCUACGCUGUUGUGAGUCAUUCCGGGAUGUUAAAUGGUGGCCAUUACAUCAGCUACGCUUAUAACCCGAAUGGUAACUGGUAUUGUUACAAUGAUUCGUCAUGUCGUGAGGUUGGCAACAUUGAAACGCCACCUGGUGGCGGCCCAGGUACUACCCUACCGAAAAUUGACACCAGUUGAGCGUAUAUCCUCUUCUACGAACGUAAGGGUCUAGAUUAUGCGCCGUACUUUCCCGAUGUGACUUGUAAUGGCGGCCCGCCGCAAGUGGCGCCCACUGGUGCUGCAGCGCAUGUCGAUGAUGAGUUCGACGACGGCGAGUCGGAGCUGCGCAAGCAAUGCGUCAUGCAAUAAUUCAUGCAUACCAAAAAGUCUAGGUUUAACUUUAACCGCAUUACUGAGUAAAUAUUAGCGUGUUAGGUUGAUGAUAAUGAUAAGAUUGCUUGUGAUAAUUUAAAGGAUGUAAACGUGUUACAUGUUUGCGUUUGUAUUUAUUAUUGUAUGAAAUGUGUCUAAAAUCUCUCACUCGUUCGCGGUGUGACGAUGCGAAGUGCUUUUGUUUUUUGAAGGAAACUUGUUUUGCGCAUAGGGUUAGAAUUUUGUUUCCACUAUGUAUAUGUACUUUGUAUAGACGCAAAGAGUUAUAUUUUUAUUAUCGUGCAGGAG